CCCAUAUUGAGAUAAAGAUUUCGUCUUCGACCUAAUCGUUGUAUCUAUAUAUAGUUCUCUCUUUUCAUGAAUAAAGAUCAUCAAUUCCACUUGGUAUCAGAGCCAGGAAAAUUACAUUGAAAGAUGAAGAUACAAUGUGAAGUGUGCGAGAAGGCUGAAGCAGAAGUACUUUGUUGUUCAGAUGAAACUGUUCUAUGCAAGCCAUGUGACAUUAAAGUUCAUGAAGGUAAUAAAAUUUUCCAAAGACAUCACCGAGUCGCCUUACAAAAAGAUGCAUCCUCAGCCACCACAGCCUCUGGAGCUCCUAUGUGAUAUCUGCCAGGAGAGAAAAGGGCACUUCUUCUGCUUAGAGGACAGAGCAUUGCUGUGCAAUGAUUGUGAUGAAGCCAUUCACACUUGCAAUUCUCACCAAAGAUUCUUACUUUCUGGAGUCCAAGUUUCUGAUCAGUCUUUAACUGAAAACUCUGAAUGCAGCACUAGUUUUAGCUCUGAAACUUGCCAGAUUCAGUCUAAAGUGUCUCUGAAUAGUCAGUACUCUAGUGAGGAAACUGAAGCUGGAAACUCAGGUGAGAUAGUACACAAGAAUGCUUCUGUAAUCUUAAGACCUUAGAGAUACACACAACAUCAUGGUUCCGGCCGGAGCCAUUGAAGUCUAAUAAUAAAAGUUGCUGUAAUUA